UUAUCUUCUAGCAGGAAAGAAUAAAAAUGUACAGCGGAGCUCCCUCCGGCGGAAUAGCAAUCGGCGGCGGCGGCGGCGGCGUAGGAAGAGGAGGAGGAAGAACAUGGUCGUCGACGACGUCGGUAUCAACAUCAGGGAAGAGAAUACAGAAGGAAAUGACAGAAUUAAGCAUGGAAGCACCACCAGAUUGUGCAGCUGGACCUAAAGGAGAUAAUCUUUACCAUUGGGUUGCUACUCUCUUUGGACCACCUGGAACACCUUAUGAGGGUGGAAUAUUUUUUCUUGAUAUAACCUUUCCUUCUGAUUAUCCAUUUAAACCUCCAAAGGUUGUAUUCAAAACUCGCAUAUAUCAUUGUAAUGUAGAUCCUUCCGGCAAUGUUAGCUUGGACAUCCUAACAGAGAACUGGAGUCCAGCGUUAACAAUCUCAAAGGUGCUACUUGCUCUGAGAUCAAUGUUCACCAAUCCUGAAACUUAUAAGCCGGUUGUUCCUGGUAUUGCACACUUAUACUUGGGAGAUAAAGCCAAACAUGAUGAAGUAGCUGCACAAUGGACACUGAGAUUUGCAAGGUGAAAGAAGAACAUGAUGUGGAACUUUUUUAACAAGUUCAGGUCAGCCAUUGCUUAGUUUGAAGUUUAACAAGCAUAGAAGAGCUGUUGUACACGAUAUUCAAAACUUACAAACCUGUAUAUAAUUCAUAUAAAUAAAUUCAACUUCUGUUAAACUAACUUUCUGAAUUUCACAUUUAGACCUGUUGCUUUGUAUGUUUGUUGAAUAGUUCUUUCCUUCAUAUCACAAGCCCUUGAGGCUGAACCAAUAAAGCAGAAUGAAACUGGCGGACAGGUUUUACCCUAAAA